AUGCCUCUGCAGGAGGAGACCCUCCGGGAAGUGUGGGCCUCAGACAGUAGCCAGGAAGAGGACUGGUUGAGCCCGGAACCGCAGCAGCGCCCCAAGCAGCGACCUACCCAGGGACAGAAAUUGAGGAAAAAGAAGUCCGAGACUCCGGGGUCUCAGGGAUCCAAGCCCCGCAAAGCUGGAGCUGGGUGCAAGAAGCUCGAGGAGCCGCCUGCAGACCCCGCAGAGGCGCGCACUGUGCCGACAGUCUACGCCAAGUUCCUUCGGGACCCCGAGGCCAAGAAGCGGGAUCCCCGGGAAACCUUCCUGGUUGCCCGCGCCCCAGAUGUGGGAGGCGUGGAGGAUUUGGAGGAGGAUUCCGAUGAAGAGGAUGACGAGGAUGACGAGGAUGAAGAGGAUAACGAGGAUGAAGAGGAUGAAGAGGGUGAAGAGGAUGAGGAAGAGGGGGAAAAAGAGAAAAGCUCUCUAUCCCCCAAGAGUCCACCCAAGAGAAGAGAGAAGAAAGCCAAAGCCCUAGACCCGCGGGGGGACCUAGGAAGCCCUGAAGCCCCCCGAAAACCAUCCCACACCAAGAAGAAGGAGGCAGGGGAGGGAACCAAGCUGAAAAAGGCAAAGAAGAAAGGGGCUGGGGAGGCUGACAAGGACCCCUUGAGAAGUCCAGCAGCCCUGAGGAAGAAGACUCCAGCAGCCAUGUUCCUAGUUGGGGAAGGUGGCCCAGCAGAGAAGGAUGUGAAGAAGAAAGGGCCUGCCAAAGGCUCAGAGGAAGAGACGAAGGAGGAAGGGGAGGAGGAAGAGGAGGAAGAGGAGGAGUCUUCAGCGAUGAAGAAUAGCAACCAGAAGGGCCGAGCGAAAGGGAAAGGCAGAAAGAAAGUGAAGGAGGACAGGGCUUCGUCUCCCCCCUUGGAAGUGGGUGAACCUCGGGAGUUUGUGCUACAGCCAGCGCCCCAGGGCAGGGCAGUGCGCUGCCGGCUGACACGGGACAAGAAGGGCAUGGACCGUGGCAUGUACCCAUCGUACUUCCUACACCUGGACACGGAGAAGAAGGUGUUCCUCUUGGCCAGCAGGAAACGCAAGCGCAGUAAGACAGCCAACUACCUCAUCUCCAGAGACCCUACCAACUUGUCCAGGGGAGGGGAGGACUUCAUUGGAAAGCUGAGGUCCAAUCUCCUGGGCAACCGCUUCACAGUCUUUGACAACGGGCAAAACCCACAGCGUGGCGGAGGUGUGGACGUGGGGAGCCUGCGCCAGGAGCUGGCAGCUGUUAUCUAUGAAACCAAUGUUCUAGGGUUCCGAGGACCCCGUCGCAUGACUGUCAUCAUCCCUGGGAUGAACUCGGACAAUGAGAGGGUCCCUAUCCGGCCCCGAAAUGCCAGCGAUGGACUGCUGGUGCGCUGGCAGAACAAGACGCUGGAGAGCCUCAUCGAACUGCAUAACAAGCCGCCCAUCUGGAACGAAGACAGUGGCUCCUACACCCUCAACUUCCAGGGCCGGGUCACCCAGGCCUCCGUCAAGAACUUUCAGAUUGUGCAUGCCGAUGACCCCGACUACAUAGUGCUCCAGUUCGGCCGCAUAGCCGAGGAUGCCUUCACUCUGGACUACCGGUACCCGCUGUGCGCCCUGCAGGCCUUCGCCAUCGCCCUUUCCAGCUUCGACGGGAAGCUGGCCUGCGAGUGACCCCACAACCCCUCAGCGCUGGGAAAACACUCAGCUGGGGGUGAUAGGGUCCCUCCCCAACAGCCCGCGUACCCCUAGCCUGGCACCGGCCAGGCGAAGGAGCUCUGACUGGGAUGGAGAUGACCAUCUGGUCGCAGAAUAGCAAU